AUGCUGGUCCGCAGGGGCGCGCGCGCGGGGCCCGGGAUGCCGCGGGGCUGGACCGCACUCUGCCUGCUGAGUCUGUUAACCUCUGUGGUCACGAGUGAGGACAACUUGACUAAUGCUACAGUGGAGUCAUCUUCCCUGAAAAUAUUUUCAACGGUUCCUUCGAAUGUAUCCAUCGAGGAAACCAGCGGGCCAAGUAUCCCUGGAAGUGCCAGCCCCACCACCCCUAUCGCUCAGGAUGUCAGUGAGACCACAGCAAUCAUCUCAGAAACCUCAGUCAACUUGACAUCUACCUCUGGGGUCCCCACAAGCCCUGGAACCACAAACACAUCUACGCUGUCACAAACCUCUCUAGGCAUCACAGUGCCCACCUCCUCAGUCACCUUUUCCACUUCAGAGCCAACCGUGGUGCCCAACACAUCACCUGGAAAUAUUUCAGACCACUCACUCAACAGCACCAACUAUGUGACAUAUACUGCUAUAUCCUAUGUGUCAUCUGCUGCUACCCCAAGUACUAUCAAGGGAGAAAUCAGGUGUUCUGGAAUCAGAGAAGUAAGACUGACUCAAGCCAUCUGCCUGGAGCUCAAUGAGACCUCCAGCUGUGAGGAGUUUAAGAAGGACAAAGGAGAGGAAUUGACCCAAGUACUGUGUGAGAAGGAACAGGCUGACCUUGAGGCUGGGGCCAGGGUGUGUUCCCUGCUCCUCGCCCAGUCUGAGAUUAGGUCACAGUGCCUGCUUCUGGUCUUGGCCAACAGCACAGAACUUUCCAGCAUGCUCCAAUUUAUGAAAACGCACCAAUCUGACCUGAAAAAGCUGGGGAUCCAGAAUUUCACUGAACAAGACGUGGCGAGUCACCAGAGCUACUCCCGAAAGACCCUGAUUGCCCUGGUCACCUCGGGGGUCCUCCUGGCUGUCCUGGGCACUACUGGAUAUUUCCUGAUGAACCGUCGCAGCUGGAGCCCCACUGGAGAAAGGCUGGGCGAAGACCCUUAUUACACGGAGAACGGUGGAGGCCAGGGCUAUAGCUCAGGACCUGGGGCUGCCCCUGAGUCUCAGGGAAAGGCCAGUGUGAACCAAGGGGCCCAGGAGAACGGCACCGGCCAGGCCACCUCCAGAAACGGCCAUUCAACAAGACAACACGUGGUGGCUGACACCGAAUUGUGAUGCGUCUGGGUGGGGCCAGGCUGGGCAGGGCCUGCCUCUGUGCAAGAGGUGACCUCCCCCCAACCCAGUCCUGACCUUACAUCCUUCCCCUUCCCACCCCACACAUCCCACAGACCAUCCUGGGUCCCCCACCUGGGGAAAGGCAGGUCAACCCCCUUCCCUGCCCUCUGCAUGGUGGCCUUGGCCUUCUGUUGGUCAGAGUGUGAUGGGAAGAGCCACAGUUCACAGGAGCUGUAGGGGAGACUCAUUGGCUUUGGGGUGUUCCACCUGGACCCCCCCAUUCCUCUUCUGCCUCUUUACAGGAAUGCCCAGGGCAGAAGGCAGGCUUUCCUAGGUUAUUAACUGCCUCCCAGGAGGCCUAGGUUUUUACUGUUUCUUUCUCCUAGUUUCUCUUCUCCAAGGAAACCAUGGUUAACCCUUUGUACCUGCUCUCUUGUCAUGGGAUAACCAGAGAAACAUGUGGUCUUAAACCACUUGCCUUAGCUUUCUCCCAAGGCACUGUGGGUCAGUCACCUCCUCCAGGUCCCUCCAUGGAAGCCCCGUGUGUGCCUUCGUCUGUGUUCUGAGGCCUGUGCUGUCUCUUGGCUACAGGCAGAAAGGGGCUCCCAGUUCUCGAAUAAGCAACUCAACCCUGGUCUCUCUGGGGACUCCACUCUCCUUGGUUCCUUUGGCUCUUAGGUCCACAUGGACAAGGCUGUAGAACCCAGCUUCCUUACCUGGCUUUUCCAGGGAAUCCCUACCCUCUCAUCUCCAGGGCCUCCCCUGCUCGCCCUGACUCCUGGGUUGGGCUGUGACUUCAGUCCCCCAGCAGAUCCCUCGGUGUCUCUGCCCCCUGCAGACUCCUGUGUGGUCAGAGCCCCAGGACACCCCCUUGGGCCCUUCCCACACCCGGUGGCCCAGUUCCCUGUGUUGCUGUCCUUGUUCUCUUCCCAGAGGGGCGAAUAGGGAUCCUCGUUUCACUGACGGCUGGAAAUAGAGCUUUCCAGAAAUGAGAGGAUUGGGUGGAUUUUUCUUUUUCUGAAUAAAAACCAGUGUGUGUAAA